AAUUAAAUUUCAUUCUCCCGAAACAAAAAAAUUUUCCUUUUGCAGAAAGGUUUUGAUCAAGUUUGCUUAUAUGGUCAGUCAAACAAAUGUUGCUUAUAUGAAAUUAUAAAGAAAUUGUGAACAUAAAUACACAAAUUCAAGGAAUCUGAAAGUAACAUUUGUCUUCAAGCAACCAACAGAGGGUGAAGCUUGAAGAUGAAACAGGGAACAAUGGAGUUCGUUAAUCUUUUCAUGUUCUUAAUGUUGCAUUUCAUCAUGGUUCUGAGUAGUAGUAAUAGCACUAAUUCAGGGGUACGAUUGGAUAUUCAAGAAAAACAUGUGAUAAUGGAUAAUGGCAUAGUCCAAGUAAAUUUAUCAAAUCCUGAAGGAUAUGUCAUUGGAAUUCAAUAUAAUGGAAUCGACAAUUUGCUCGAAGUUGUUAACGACGAAUCUAACAGAGGGUAUUGGGAUAUUGUUUGGGACCAGGGAGGGGUAAAAAGAACAAAAAAAGGAGCAAAGGGAAAGGGUAGAUUUGACAGGAUGGAAGCUACAAAUUUUACGGUGAUAGUUGAAAAUGAAGAACAAGUUGAGCUAUCUUUCACUAGAACGUGGAAUUUCUCUCUUGAAGGAAAACUUGCACCACUCAAUAUUGAUAAAAGAUUUAUAAUGCUUCGUGGUUCAUCUGGAUUCUACACGUAUGCCAUUUACGAGCAUUUGAAGGAAUGGCCUGCCUUUGAUAUUGACAAUACUAGAGUUGCAUUCAAACCUAGGAAAGACAAGUUUAAGUACAUGAUUAUAUCGGACGAGAGACAAAGGUUUAUGCCUCUGCCUGAUGACCGGUUACCGGGAAGAGGUGAAGUUCUUGCUUACCCAGAAGCUGUUCGUCUUGAUAAUCCAAUAGAGCCAGAGUUCAAAGGAGAGGUAGAUGAUAAGUAUGAGUAUUCAUGUGAGAGUCGAAGUAACAAUGUUCAUGGUUGGAUUUCCACAAAUAAAUCGGAUUCGACUGGAAUAUGGCUAAUUACUCCAAGCUAUGAGUUCAGAUCUGCUGGGCCCCUAAAGCAAUACCUGGGUUCCCACUUGGGUCCCACCAUGCUCUCUGUAUUUCAUAGCACGCAUUAUUCUGGGACAGAUUUGAUAAUGAAAUUUGGACCCAAUGAGCCGUGGAAGAAAGUAUUUGGGCCCAUAUUCAUAUACCUUAAUUCCAUCUCUAAUGGGGUUAGCCCAAAAAUGCUCUGGAACAACGCCAAACAACAGACGGCAAAUGAAAUUGAAAGCUGGCCCUAUACAUUUCCGGCUUCUAAAGACUUUCUCUCAUCUAACCAACGUGGUAAAGUUGAAGGCAGAUUCCUUGUCCGAGACAGGUAUAUCAAGGAUGCAUUCGUCCCAGUCAGCGGUGGUUAUGUGGGAUUAGCAGCACCAGGAGAUGUUGGAUCUUGGCAAAGAGAAUGCAAGGGUUAUCAAUUUUGGACCGUUACUGAUGAUGAAGGCUAUUUCUCAAUAACUGACAUACUACCUGGUGACUAUAAUCUUUAUUCUUGGGUCAAAGGAUUCAUCGGUGACUUUCAAUAUAAUUCGACCAUUAAUAUAACCUCAGGUAGUGAAAUUAAAUUGGGUGAGCUUGUUUACGAGCCUCCAAGAGAUGGCCCCACAUUGUGGGAAAUAGGCAUCCCUGAUCGCUCAGCUGCAGAGUUUUAUAUUCCUGAUCCAAAUCCUCUGUACGUGAAUCUGCUUUAUCUCAACCAAGACAGGUAUAGACAAUAUGGCUUGUGGGAGAGAUAUGCUGAAUUGUAUCCAAAUGAAGACCUAGUUUACACUGUUGGCAUUAGUGAUUACAAAAAAGAUUGGUUUUUUGCUCAGCUUAACAGGAAGAAAGACAACAACACUUACCAAGGAACCACAUGGCAAAUUAAUUUCAAUCUAGAUCAGGUGAAUCCCAAUGGAAUCUACAAAUUACGACUGGCUUUGGCAUCUGCACAUUUUGCACAACUACAGAUUCGUAUAAACAAUUCAAAUGCAAAUCCACCUAUAUUUUCAAGUGAAGUUAUUGGAAAGGAGAAUACUAUAGCGAGGCAUGGAAUUCACGGGUUGUAUUGGUUAUACAACAUUGAUGUAAAUGGCACUCUUCUUGUGAAAGGGAACAAUACCAUCUUUUUAACACAAACUAAUAACGCAAGUCCUUUUGUAGGAAUUUUGUAUGAUUAUAUUCGUUUAGAAGGACCUGCUUAUGUAAAAUUUGAAGAUCAAAACUAUUCAUUGGUAAAAUAGUAUUAUUUCAUUCAACUCCUAUAGAUGAAAAAUAAAUUAUUAUUGUUGAGCUGAUUCAUAUUAAAAGUGGAU